AUGGACCCCGUGGGGGCAGCAGACCCCUCGAUGCCCCCAGGCCCUUUGACUCACCUGAACCUGCCGGACGGCGCGGAGGCGCGGCUGCAGAGCGGAGCAGACGGGCGGAGCCUCCCGGGCACUUGGACCAGGUCCCCCCCGGAGCAUGCAGCCAUCCUGAGGGAAGGCGUGCGCGCAUGCCUGCAGCAGAAGUGUGAACAGACUGUUCGGAUCCUGCAUGCCAAGGUGGCCCAGAAAUCUUACGGAAACGAGAAGAGGUUCUUCUGUCCCCCGCCCUGCGUCUACCUCGCUGGUCCCGGCUGGAGGGUGAAGCCAGGGCAAGGUCAAGCCCAGCAGGCCGCGGAGUCCGGGCCCACCGUCUGCGGCUACAUGGGGCUGGACGGGGCGUCGGGCAGCGCGGCGGAGACGCAGAAGCUGAACUUCGAAGAGCAGCCGGACUCCAGGGAAUUCGGUUGUGCCAAGACCCUGUACAUCUCGGACGCGGACAAGAGGAAGCACUUCCGGCUGGUGCUGCGCCUGGUGCUGCGCGGGGGCCGGGAGCUGGGGACUUUCUACAGCCGCCUCAUCAAGGUCAUCUCCAAGCCCUCGCAGAAGAAGCAGUCGCUGAAAAACACCGACCUGUGCAUCUCCUCGGGCUCAAAGGUCUCCCUUUUCAAUCGCCUGCGCUCCCAGACAGUGUCCACACGCUACCUCUCUGUGGAAGAUGGGGCCUUUGUGGCCAGUGCAAGACAGUGGGCUGCCUUCACGCUCCACCUGGCUGAUGAGCAGUGUCCCCAAGGGGACUUCCCACCUCGAGAGGGCUACAUCCGCUACGGCUCCCUGGUACAGCUCGUCUGCACGGUCACAGGCACCACGCUACCUCCUAUGAUCAUCCGCAAAGUAGCCAAGCAGUGUGCCCUCCUUGACGUGGAUGAGCCCAUCUCCCAACUCCACAAGUGCGCAUUCCAGUUUCCAGGUGGCACCCCAGGAGGGGGUGGCACCUACUUAUGCCUUGCCACAGAGAAGGUGGUGCAAUUCCAGGCCUCCCUCUGCCCCAAGGAGGCCAACAGGGCGCUGCUCAACGACAGCUCUUGCUGGACCAUCAUUGGCACCGAGUCGGUGGAAUUCUCCUUCUGCACCAGCCUGGCGUGUACGCGGGAGCCUGUCACUCCAGUGCCCCUCAUCAACACCCUCGAGCUAAGCGGCGGGGGUGAUGUGGCCACGCUGGAGCUGCUGGGCGAGAACUUCCACGGUGGGCUCAAGGUGUGGUUUGGAGAUGUGGAGGCAGAAACCAUGUACAGGAGCCCGAGGUCCCUGGUGUGCGUGGUGCCCGACGUGGCUGCUUUCGGCAGCGACUGGCGCUGGCUGCGCGCGCCCAUCAAGGUGCCCGUGAGCCUGGUGCGCGCCGACCGGCUCUUCUACCCCAGCGCCUUCUCCUUCACCUACACCCCGGAAUAUAGCGACCGGCCGCGGCCCCCAGGCGCUCCCGAGCAAACCACCGACGCCGACGCGCUCCUGGAGAGCAUCCACCACGAGUUUACGCGCACCAACUUCCACCUCUUCAUACAGGGCUAGCCUCCCCACACCGCCCCCCAGGCGCCCCAAGCUGUCAGGAGGUCCUCUGAAUCCUGGCACGUGAAUCCUGUUUGUCCCUUUGCUGAGAAAAGGGCAGGAAGGGGCCACUGGUGAUCUGAAUGGCGUUCAGCAGGUGGCUCUAAUCCCUGUAUGUUUCCCUCGGUGCCGCCUCUUCUCUCCCUUCCUCCUCUCCCAUCCCUCCCGUAUUCCUUCGUCUUUGGGUCUUUUCUGGUUCUUCCUGUGUCUUUCACACAGUUCCGCGCACUCUUGAGGAUUCAAGCCCAGAGUGGAGGUUUGCCCUCCAGACAUAUAUGGCCCUACUUGAAGAGCCAUCGCGUAGUUUCAAAAGCCUAGGCGUGAAGUGAGGCUCGCACGCCCAGGAAUACUGUUCUGCCUGGCCCCAAAGCACCAAUCUUAUCUGGAGCCCUGGAUCCUGCUUGGAGCACCCAGUCCUGCCCUGCAGCUCAAGGAUCUGUCCCGGCCCCACACGCUUAAUCUCUGUGACUGAAACCUUCCCAACACCCUUGUCUAGGUUUGCUCUCUGGACCACAGUAUGUGGGCACGUACCUAAGACAAUCCAGUUUUGCCAUCUUAACUCCCCCCCCCCCCCCCCCGCCCGUGGCUUCUUUUGCAGACCCGGUGGGAUGUAACGCUGAGGAUCCAGGCUGCGCUUUAUUCAGACAUUGGUCCCACUUAAGCACAUAUCUGUAAGUUUGACCUCAGAGUGCCAGCCCUGAUCUGCCCGCUGAGUUCCAGCUUCUGGAUUUGUCGCCAGACAUCUUUCUUGUACCUGAGCUUGAGUCAUUUCGAAUCAGCCUCCCUUCCCCUACCCUCUCUGAAGCACUCCAUCUUCUGCCUACUUCCCCCACCCCACAUGGCCCCGUCAGCAAGACUUAGGGACUCUAUCGCUCCUCCCACACUAAGCUGCUCACUCCUUCCUUCUUCCUUCCACUACUCUGCCUCCCAGACCCAAGUUACUUCAGAGAUGUUACUUCAGAAUUUUCCCAAUUUUCCUAGCGUGUGUUGGAAACGUGUGGCUCCCUUGUUCAAAUGUUAUUAGUAACCUCCAGAUGGAGACAUAUGGUGAAAUCAAGUUCAGAGCCCUUCUAACCAAAGAUCACAUGACCAGGAUGCCAGCCUGGACAACGGGCUUAUAUUCACCUAUCUUGGAUCAAAGGGCCUUAUGUUCAUAACCCAUUGUCCCCUCUAAGCUGUGAACUUCAUGUGGAAAGAUUUUUGUCUCUGCUUGUCCUAAAGAAUGUAACGCGCUGCCUUGCACACUGAAUU